UAAAGGAUAUAUAGAGAGAGAGAUGGUGACAGGGAAAGUGGUGGUGGAGAAAGUAGGAGGAAGAUCUACAGCUACGAGUUGCUUCUCCAAGUAUCCUCUCAAGUUCUUACUUCCGAGCAAGGCUGCUCCUGCCGGAACUGACGUUGUCUGGAUUUACAGCAUCACCUACGGCGGCGGCAUUGUCUCUGGAGAUUCGAUUUCAUGUGAAUUCACCGUUGGUGAUGGAUGCACCGCAGUGAUUACAACCCAGUCUUCUACUAAGGUAUACAAGGCAAUAGGAUCAGAGUGUUCUGAACAAAUAGUGGAAGCGAGAAUCGGGAGUGAGUCACUUUUGGUUGUGAUUCCAGAUCCAGUGACUUGCUUCUCCACUGCCCGGUACUAUCAGAAACAGAUCUUUAGAUUGGUUUCCGACUCUAAUCUUGUCCUUGUGGAUUGGAUCACUAGCGGGCGUCACGCAAACGGUGAAAAAUGGGAUUUUGAGUUUUACAAGAGCAUCAACAACGUCUACCUGGAAGAUGAUUACCCUCUAUUUCUUGACACAGUACUGUUAGAGAAGAGGAGCAUCCAAAGCAUAGCCGAACGGAUGCAAGACUAUCACGCCAUAGCAAUGGUCAUACUCUUCGGGUCAAAGCUGAAGGAAAUCCAAAAGCAAACGUAA